UCCGACUGCCGGAUAGUGGGGUACCAUAGGAAAUCAGAGACGCAUCGGGAUACCAGCCGAUUGGCGACUGACGCACCCACGACUGCGUGGUAACUCCUGAGAGGGCGAUAUCUCAUUACCCAAAGAGAUUGGAUUGGAAACCUGAAUCUGGACGUGUGUGCGGAGACGUGCAGAUCAUUGCGAUUGCUCUGCUUUUCCGCAUCUGUACAGAAAACGCAUCCAGAUUCAGGUGCUUAGUCCAAUCUUCUUGGCUACGGGUAGCGGGAUCUCGCUCAGACUUGCGGGCCAAUGAGCAUGUACAGUGCGACCAUGUCAGCAUCCACGUGUCCCCGAGUGCUGACGUGGACAUGCAGACAUCCUCAUCGUCGUGCUUAUGCAGCGCGCCGGCAGAAGGGACUGCUUGAGGUGGUGGGUGUGCGUGUCACGGCCGGGGUCGGGGUCGGGCUGGGGAGAGCCGACCAUGGGGUGAGUCGGGAGAAGGAGAAGGCGAUUGGAGGUGGGGUGGCGUCGACGUCAGCAUGGGGAUUAACCACCUCCUCCUCCUCCUCCUCCUCCGCCAGGUCAUCAUCCUGGGCGAACGGGGGUCUCAUGCAGAGUGCAGCGCGCGACGAGCAGCAGCGAUGGAGGUGGGGGUGGGGGGUUGAGCAGUUGGGAGAUGUAGGAUGUCAGCGAACGAGGACGGGCAGCAGGAGGAGGAGGAGGAGGAGCGGGGGGGAGGAGGGGAAGGGUUUUUCGCUGACCACUGCGCGCAUGAGGACGGGCAAAGCCGGGCGAGGGGGAAAGAGACGCGUGGCUGCUGACGUUGACAAGCCUGUGCCAGAUGGCUUCGACCAGGAGAUGUGGCUAUGGGCGCUCGAGAAGGGGAGGCAGUCCAGAGAAGAUUUCCUAUUGUGGAUGGAGAAGGAGGGGGAGGGGAGAGGGGCAGGGGAGGGAAAGGGGAAGGGGGAGGGCGCUGGGCCAGGUCUAGAUGAUGACGGCCCCUUCUCCCAGCAAAGAACCGAUGAGGGAUAUGGUGCAGCGGAAGUGGCGGUUGCUCCGCGAAUCGUUGGCAUUGAGAGCAAGGAGGAGAGGGGUGGGAGAGAGAGGGGGAGGGAGGGAGAAGAAUACGGUGAUGACGAUGAUGAAGGGAUGCGAGGUAGUUACGACGACGGCGAUGGCAAUGGCUAUGGCGAUGAGGAGGAGGAUGAUCAUUUAUGGGAGGAAGUGGAAGAUGGUGUAUGGGUGGAAGCUUGGGAUAGACUCGCAAGAGGGUUAUUUCCUAAUGGGGAAAAGAGAGAGGAUGACGCAUCAAGCCAGCAGCAGCCGUCAGCCGUAAGAGGACGGCCUCGAUUCAACGACCUAGAGGAGGGGUCAUCAUCCACUACCGAUGAAGAACGUGAGAGUCGGUUCCGACCGAACAUCGAGGGCAGAGAGGUUUUUGAGGAGAGGGCAUACUUGAUCGGCAUUGAGCAGAAAAACAACGGAAAGCAAGAAUGGUUAGAAUGGUCCAUUGAAGAAUCACUCUCCGAGCUCACACAGCUUGCUGAAACUGCAGGCCUGCAUGUUGUAGGCUCAACGUACCAAAGGCUUGAACGAGCGAGCCCCAGAACCUACAUAGGUUCUGGAAAGGUCAGUGAGAUCAAGGCGGCGAUAACUGCUUUUGAUGUGGAAACGGUGAUCUUCGAUGAUGAAUUAUCUCCAGGACAGUUACGUAACCUAGAGAAAGCGCUUGGCGAAGAUGUGCGUGUGUGUGACCGGACUGCACUUAUAUUGGACAUUUUCAGCCAGCGGGCAGCAACGAGAGAAGGGAAAUUGCAGGUACCACAUCAGCCAGAGCUGAUGUCGGUGGAACAAGACACCGGGGCACUGCCACGACGCAGUGCCAGGCUUGCAGUUCGCACCCGUCCUGCGGUACCUCCACGAAGCAAGUAUCAGCAACAGCGGCUCAGCAAGUGGACGACUCAAGCGGCAUCAAGUACAGCAUUGACAGUACCGGUUCUCACCGGAGUUCUUCCCGCAUGUCCGGUCCAAGGGGCCCAGGAACCGUUGGCUGACUACCUUGGGCGGCUACAGGUAUUCACAGAUGCCGUAGCUGCCGCCAAGGUUCAGCAGGAGGCAGCAGAGGCAGAACGUCAGCGGCUGGCCAAUGAGGCGGCAGCCCAAGCUCAGCAGACUGCUGAGGCUGACGCAGCAGCACGAGACAGACGGAAUGCCGCCAGCACGGAGUCCAUGAUUCAACAUGAGAAGCAGUGGACAACGCUACUCGAAGGCAUGUUCUUUGUGCCUACGGAAGCGCAGGCGGCUCCGACACAGGCGGCUCCGACACAGGCGGAGGGAGAGAGAAGUAACCUGGCUACCCUGAUGUUGAGCGUGAUGAGGGGAGUAAUGUGGAACAACAAACUGCUGCAGGCACACCUGCUCGCGGAACGACAGCAACGACAAAAGUACCAGCAAGAGAGCGUCUCACAACUUUAUGAGCCAAGCCUUUAUGGCCCGCGCGUUCGAAGGAAGACGCAACCUACGCAAGUUACACUCGCGGACGGUCGCACGCAAAAGUCAAUUGACCGAUGCGUCGACGACGUUCCGGUAUACUUUGCGCCACUUGCGUGCGAGCCGGUGUUUUUUGACAUCCUCGACACCAAGUUCGACAUGAUUCUAGGCAUGUCUUGGUUGCGUAGCGCCGAUCAUCCGGUGAACUUUCAUGACCGAACCGUUCACAUCCGUGAUCGGAACGGAGUGUUAGUCCCAUGUACGGUCGCGACCCCUCACACUUCGAUUGCUUGUCACGUGGUUUCCGUUGCGAGAAUUCGCGACGCCAUAGCUCGGAAUGACAUCGAGGAGAUGGCCCUUGUAUUCUUGCAUGCCCUCCCCUCGCCGGACGGACCAGCCGCGUCACCGCCGGACCCACGCAUUUCUUACCUCUUGGACGAGUAUAGAGACGUCUUCGAGGCUCCCACAGGGACGGUUCCGGAUCGGCCUAUACGUCACGGGAUCACUCUCGAGGCUGGCGCCGUCCCUUCGCGUGGAUGUAUCUACCGCAUGAGCGAAGAGGAACUCGAGGUGCUUCGCGCACAACUCGAUGACCUUCUCGACAAGGGCUGGAUUCGCCCUAGUUGUUCGCCCUAUGGUGCCUCUGUUCUCUUCGUCUGGAAGAAGAACAAAGAUCUACGGUUAUGCAUCGAUUAUCGUAAACUUAACGCACAAACCGUAAAGAAUGUCGGCCCUCUCCCUCGGAUUGAUGAUCUUCUUGAGCGGUUAGGCGGCGCGACGUACUUCUCGAAAGUGGACUUGAAGUCGGGUUACCACCAGAUUGAAAUCCAGCCUCAAGAUCGGUACAAGACCGCGAUCAAGACGCGGUACGGGCAUUUUGAGUGGGUUGUCAUGCCAUUUGGCCUCACCAAUGCCCCCGCGACUUUCCAAGCAACGAUGACGACUGAGUUUCGCGACUUGCGCGAUCGCAGCGUCCUCAUCUACCUCGAUGACAUCUUGGCUUACCGUCGGACGUUGGACGAGCACAUCGUACACCUUCGCGUUGUUCUAGAUCGUUUGCGACUAGCCAAGUACAAAGCGAAUCUCGACAAGUGCGAGUUCGCCAAGCAGGAGCUGGAGUACUUGGGUCAUUUUGUCACGCCGAAAGGUAUUCGUCCCUUAGCGGACAAGAUCCAAGCCAUCGUGGAUUGGCCGGAACCCCGUUGCACGACGGAUGUACGCUCUUUCAUGGGCUUGGCUGGAUAUUAUCAGCGAUUCGUCGAGUCAUACUCAAAAGUGGCCGCUCCUUUGUCGAGACUUCAGUCCCCGAAGCUCACCGAACGUUUGGGGCUUUUGAAAUGUAUGGUGUUAGUUUGUCAAAUGCUCAAGCAGCUGCUGUUUUAGCUUCACAUAAAGUGUGUUUGUCCACCAAGUUUGUUCAAUGGUCGGAGCUCAGAGUCAAUCAAUGCAAAAGACAAAA